AUGACCGAGUUCUGUUUCAAGAACCAGUUGACGGAUGGUCAGAUUUGCACCGUCUGCAAGGCGAAGGGAAUUACACUGAAUUCCGUGGCUGACAAGAUGGUGACGUUCGACAAUAUGAAGGUGAUGGUGGAUGAAGUGUUCGAUGGAGGGAAGAACAGGACAGUGGUGCAGCUCCCACAAUUCACGAUGAGGAGAGAUCGGGACCACAAAGUCUACGGGCAAAAUAUAAAAAAGGCUUUUUAA